CGUCCCCUCCCAUUCCCAGAGCCCAAAUGCAACGGCAAGAAGCACUGGCUCCUACUGUCCCUGCCACCCCCACACUCCCGCCCCUCGUUCUGGCCACGUUUUCCUUCAGAAUGCUUCACCCCUGCAUCUUCUGCAGCGCUCGCCCGUUCCGGGCGCUGGUCUCCACCUCGUCCCACAGCAGUAACGGGGGCCUACAUUCGCACCGCAGCCUGGCGGGGUGGAGGGCCCGUCGCGCCCCCUUCCAGCCUCUCUCGCGGGAGGAAGCGCCUGGGAGCCCUCCCCAGCUCCUUGAUAUGUUGAGCGGUGGUGUCUUUGGAAAGUUGUACCAAACAAAGCUCUCUGCUUCAGACACACCCAAUAUUUUCAAGGAACGACUUUCGUGCUUCCAGUCCGUGAGUACAGCAGCAAUUGUUCUGGUUCAAGGUCUGGGGCUGGAUGUGGAGACUCUUCAGGCACACUGUUGGAGGUGUAGGAGUUUCAGGAUCUACACUGAGAAUCCACUGGUUGAGGCCAUGGCCCUGGAUGAAGAAGAGAGAAGAAGCCAGGGUGGGGGUGGAAUUGAGUGCCCAGUGCUCUUGGAUGUUACCUCUGGAGUUUCUGCUGGGUCUUCGAGGUGCCCUGCUCCUUUCAGAGAGAACUACUAUGAACAGUUUAUUUCCAGAUGUACUUUCCCCCUCCAGAAAUACCUUAAGGGAUACUCCCUGCUUAUUAAACAAGCUUUAAAUUGA